CCCAUAGCUACCGCGGCCGGCGGCGGCCAUCUUGGCGGCGGCGGCGGGGCGAUGAGCGGCUCCAAGGCCAGGGCGGCGGCGGCGGCGGGGCCGGAGAAGAAGCCGCCGCCGGGCACCGGGGGAGCCCUCAGCCGCCUGCGGGGCCGCCGAGGCUCGGGGGACGCGGCGCCGCGGCCGGGGACGCCGUGGACCGAAUCCGAACUGCUGGCGCUGGAGACCGUCCGGCCCGAGCACGUCCUGGGGCUGUGCCGGGUGACGGAGAAUUAUUUAUGCAAACCCGAGGACAACAUUUACAACAUCGACUUCACCAGGUUCAAGAUCCGGGACCUCGAGACUGGAACAGUGCUGUUUGAAAUUGCGAAGCCUUCUGCUUCAGAGCAAGACGAUGAGGAUGAAGAUGACAACAGUGAACUUGACGCUAGUGCGGGCCGCUUCGUUCGUUACCAGUUCACCCCAGCGUUUCUUCGUCUUCGGACCGUCGGUGCAACAGUGGAAUUUACAGUGGGAGAAAAGCCAGUGUCAAACUUUCGAAUGAUUGAAAGGCAUUACUUCCGAGAUCGCUUGCUGAAGAACUUUGACUUUGAUUUUGGCUUCUGCAUCCCCAGUAGCAGGAACACAUGCGAACACAUCUAUGAAUUCCCUCAGCUCUCAGAAGAUCUUAUCCGUCUGAUGGUUGAAAAUCCAUACGAGACCCGCUCAGACAGCUUUUACUUUGUGGACAACAAGUUGAUAAUGCACAACAAGGCCGAUUACGCAUACAAUGGAGGACAGUAAUCGUGUGUGUCCGUGGACGCCGUGCUGCCGUUACCAUUCCACGUGUCCGGGACCGGACUGGAGUUGUCUCAUGCAACAAGGCUUCUUGUCAAACCUUUUUUCCUUGCGUGAGGCUGAACACACGAAGCAAAGAAGACAGCUCCCAAAAGUAAAGGAACUCUCCCUGCAACGCUUCACUAUCCACCACUCUUAACAUAUCCAGCCUCUGUCGUUCUCCAUUUCUGGAUACCUUCUGGUACCCUGGUUAGGUUAUGGAUCAGAGGCACUGUUAGAAAACUAUUGCUGUUACAGUUUUUAUAGCUUAGGUUGCACUUUUAGUGCUUCUGAUGUUUCACCUAUUGGGUGACUACCCUCUUUCAAGAGGUCAGAUUAUUCGGGUAAGCUAUUUCUUAGCAGGACAAUUUGCCCCCUUCGGGUAGCCACUGACACCUGAAGAGCAGAUCUCUUCUUCGCUUGGAUAGAUCGUCUCUUCCGUGCAUAGUGGUUUAGUUUGUAGCAUGGCUGAGGUUGCUUUUUAGGGUGCAUCCCAAUAUUCUCCAGUGGGAAAGAUAAAAUAAGAGACUAAUUCAGCUUCUGAGUGAUGCAGGAAUCCUCCUUCUGUCUCCAGGGGACUGAGCAGCCCCCUGGGAAUGGCUCGAUCUGUAUUUUACCAGAGAUAUCACUAGGGAGAAGAGAUGGGGGGAAAAAAGAGGCUUUAUCCAGUUUGGUCUUUGAGUCAGUCUGAUGGCAUUUCUGUCUGAGCUUUUGCAAGCAAAGUGCUGAAUUUUGGAGCUCAAGGGCCAACCUUAGAGCUGAAUUUAAUCUCGGUAUAUUUAUCAUUUCUCUUGCUUCCCCUUGUGUAGGUUUUUUGGCUCUUUUUACAGAAUGUAUUGGUUUGGGACCAAUGGCAUGUUGUCAGUCUAGCUGGGGUGCAGGGGAGGUGUUGGUUUAGUGGGGCUUAGAGAAGACAGGGAGAAUGGGGAAAAUCACUUGAAAAACACUUAGGAAGCAACGCUUCCUAGGCUUCAAUCUCUGGAUACUUUUAAACCUUCUAAAGCUGAAUGUCGGAGGUGCUGGAAGGAGGGAUGGUGCUGUUACCAUUUGCCUGGUUUCAGCUGAGGUACCAGCAGCUAAAAACCCCAGGUCAAAUCAUUCAGUGUUACGGAGGGGUUUCUUAAUGACCAAAACGUGAGAAUUGAUAUUCUCUUUUUAAUUGUCGGAGUUCCCAUCACUGCUUUGCGUACUUGGCUGCUUAUGAUUUUAGGAAGUCUCCUGCUGAGUUAGUGACUGCCAGACCAGAGGGUGUCCACAGCAGCGUUUGGGAUCUGGCGAUAGGACGUUGCGCCGUGCGCUGGGAAGAGCAGAGCUCUGCCUUCCCAGCAGCUGUGCUGGUGCCCAGCUCCUGACCAUGCAGAGCCUCAGCGAGCAGAACCCUUCUCUGCUUGUUUUCUGCUUCAAGUCUGGCGGUUCUGCUGGGCCGGUCAGCCCUGCCUGCUGUGCGGGGGAGUUAAGUUGUGUCUGGGCUACAGACACUUGCUGGUAUUAGUUCCACUUGUUCCCUGAGACAGCUGAAACCUAACCCCUUGGCAGAUACAGUCCGUUACCUGUUGUGUUAAGGCCGAUUCAGCGUAGGUUGGGUGUCAGCAGGCUUAACUGGGGUGGACAUCACAGCCUGUCCGUGCGUACACAGCAGUAGGAAGCCGCUGCCUUUACCUCACAGAUUAACGAUGGGAGCCUUGGCGCAGAGGAUCAGCGAGCAGCAGCGUAAGCAGUGAGAGGAUGUGGGGUGGCAGUCACGAAAGAAUCUCCAGCUCUUGGGAAGGAUUUUUAAUUACAAUUAACCACAACAAAUGACCUGUUCUGGGUGGAGCAUUAAUCAUGAGCAACCACAACCAAUGUCUUGAGAAUGUGGAGGGGCAAGGGCUGCGUGGUUGGAAGACGAGGAACAGUUCUGCUGCCAUCGCUCCCCUCCAGCAUCUCCAAAGGCACCGAGGGGAUCGUGGUGAGUUAUUUCAGGGUUAGUAAAGGUGGAGCUUGAGGUGCCUCCUGCAGCAGUUGUCUGGGCAGCCUCACGCCAUGCUGUUGAGAUGGGAAACUUUUGUUCUGCUGGAAGAAUGUUUACUCGUGACAAGGCAGAACUGCCCCGAGGUGUGCUUUCCAGCUUUCCACCCCGAAGCAUUCUGAGCUGCUCAGGUAGGGUCAGAGGAGGCCGCUAGCAGUUCCCAGGCCGUUUUAGCAUAUUGAGCUGAAUUUUUAUGUAGUAUAAAUCCAGGUGCCUUUAAAUGUUCCUUUUAUCUCGUUUUCUGUAUGAA